ACACUCAGAAAAAUGGAUUUUAAACCAACGUUGCAAGUACUUGUUGGAUCAUUUCUUGCAUUUCCGUUGACUUACUGUCUUAACAUGACGACCUCGAUGGGAGACCACCGACUGAUUCUGGUUGCCGGCAUCAUAACAUUGUUUUCUUUUAUGAUGCUUGCUUACACCUUCGUCAGAAAUCAUCGACUAAACGGAGAACCCUUUUUCUUCGCAUGGAGUGUGUUUGCCUUCACAUCAUGUGUUGACUUGAUCAUAGGUUUAGAGCUGGAUGGUCAUAUUUCUGGUUUUAUGGAGUUUUAUUUCAAAGAGGGGGAGCCAUACUUGCGGACAGCACAUGGAACCAUGAUAAAUUGGUGGGAUGGCACUGGACAAUAUGCUAUGUAUCUGGUUCUGAUUACACUCAUUGCUAACAGGAUGAAUUGUCAUGAAGUGUGCCUUUACUGGGUCGGGUCUAUUGGAAACAGUAUGAUUGUUUUACUACUUGGUGGUGCGACAGGUACAUUUAAGGUUCGUGGUUCUUAUCUCCUGAAUGUCCCGUAUGUUGUUGUACCUAUCUGGGCAGGUUUACGUUUCCUUCGACAGUCUAACAAAACCAGAAGCCAACUACGGUUAAUGCGUAAAUCAGGGCACGAGUUGAGUUUACUAAACCGACCAUGGGACUUUGUCUUCAUUGUUUGUUUUGUCUUGGGAAUUGCAUUCUCCUUGUUUAGAGGAGUGGUAGCCUUAGGCUGUGAUCAUGAAUACAUCAAAGCUUACCUGAAGAAUUAUGAACCGUACCUCAAUGAUCCAAAUAUGUUCUCACGAAUACAGAUGCUGACCUACCUGUUUUAUUUUGUGCCAUACUAUGUGUCUGCCAUUUAUGGUCUGGUAAACCCCGGAGAAACGUGGAUGUCUGACUGGGCAAUCCUUCAUGCUGGCGCUGCUACUCAGAGUCAAGUGGUUCAUAUCCUAGCGUCUUUCCACUGGCGUACAGUGGCAGCAGGAUUUGGUUCACCAACUGACAUUUACGACAGCCAUGGGCAGGUGUUUUGGUAUGCCAACCUUCUGCUGCUGGUUGUACCACAACUGUUUGCCUGGCGAUGCUACACUGAUCAAGAAUUCUUUUUCAGCACAUAUCAUGAUGGCAUCAUGUUUGACAGAUUAGAACCCUCUAGUGCUCAGAAGAGUGCAGGCAAUACCACCACCUUCUCCAAGGUGUCCACAAAGAAAACUACUACAAUCACUGAUUCAGUUGGAGGUGUUAAAACUACUACAACGGAGGUCGAGGGUCGAGUAACCAGGAGUAAAAAGAAGUUGUAAUAGGACGUCAUAUAUAUAUAUGUAGCUCUAUCAAAAUGGCAGUCUGCUUACAUCUAAACAAGAUGUGUAGGGCUAUUUUAACACUGUAACAUAUACAUUGUACAUGAGUUUGUAUGUUUUUAUUCUUACUAGAAUAACAUUGUUAACAUUUUCAAAUAUCACCUGAAAAGAAAUAUUUUAAGGAUGUUGAUUGAAUCAGUCAGAUCUGUUAUAUUACUUAGUUUAGAUUGAUUAAAAUAACCAGAAUAGGCAUCACAUAAAUCCCUUGAAUUAUCACCUAUCAUCUCCUCACAUACAUUAAGAACUAAAUCCUCUCAGUGACAGUGUAUUUAUGUAAGGAUUUCAAUCCCCCAGAUUCUAUUAUUAUGUAAGCAAUAUACUAGUUGAUGAAAUGACUGACUUUGGUCAUCCAAUGAACAUUUGUAGUUUUUGUUUUAUCAUUUCCAUACCAGUCAUAUUUGAUUUUUUAAAAAAUGGGAGAAGAUGGAUAAAAGCAUUUCUGCUAUCAUUGAGAAAUAAACUCAUACUUGGAGACCAUUACUGUAAAACCUUCCCAAACUUUUAUCAACCUGUUUGAUGUGUUUGAGGCUGAUUGUCAUUACCAAUCAUGAGUACUAAUAUACUUUUGAUUGCUGAUAUAUGCUACACAAAGUGCUAUUAGUUAUGUCAAAGUUCUAUUAUUCAAAUAUUAUAAGCAUCUUUUUGAGUAUAAGAUGUGACAUUGCCUUAAACUUGUUGUGAGGUAUUAUGUUAAUUUAUUUUACUGGAAGUAGAACAAAGGUCCUACAUGUGUGUACAGGCCAGGGAAGAUUUGAUAAUACUAGACUUCCUAUACCAAAAGAAGCUGUUGGUAGGUCAGUUAACUUUAUAGAAUUUACAAUGUAUAAAUGCAGACUUUUAAAAGGCACCAUGUAAAUUUCAGAAAAUGUUGUAUAACAGGUGAAGAGCACCUGUUUUUAUAAUUUGCCUUUCUACUGCUAAGUAAUACAACUUCCAUAUGAAAAUAAGAUUUUGUUUAUCACAUAACACCCAUGACAAUUAGAACGUGAGCUGAAUCUCUUCACUUAAUUUAUCUGACAGGAGGGCAAAAUUUGCUUAUGAAUAAUUGACAUUUCUCUGGCAUUAUGUUCCAACUUAUUCAUGUCCAUAUCUUUGAAAGGAAUAUUGAUAUCAGUGCUAGAAAAGUUAUAUGAUUUCUAAGACAUGCAUUGGCUUAUUUUAUAUAGGACCCAUUUUGGUGAGCCUCUGGUGAGAUGGAAAUAUUAUAGGGAAAAUUUUAAAUAAUUUCUAUCACAAUUAUUUCAGCAAAUUUCAGCAUUUUUCCAUCAAUCAAAUUUGAAGUCGUUUUGGCACCAUAUAAAUCGUCUUCAAUGAUAACUUGACUUUAGCGUGUAGUUUGUGAAUAUGUGGUAUUAUAUUAUCAUGGCAUGAUAAUGGAUCAAGAUGGUAGACCAUAUAACAUGGUUUCAUACGCAAAAAUAUUACUUGAUUAGAACUCGUUAACAUGACAAUCAUACUAUAAAUGGCUAUACGGGUUAACUCUGUAAUUUAUACCUGUAAUAUAAUAAUAGAGAAAAAUAUAUAUAUUUUUCACACAGCAGCAAGUCUUUACAAGACACGUUUUCAUAUAUAUUGUCUUUUGAUAAACCAUUUAUAGUUAUCAAAAUUUUAAAACAUACAUGAUUUAUUUUUUUUACACAUUCUACAUUCCAAAAUUUUUAAGUAUUUUUUA